AUGAGUUAUGGUAUUUUUUCGCUAUUAUCAUAUGGCUUGAAAUCAAUUCUGCUUCUCAUUGCACUAAUAUUUGUAAUGCAACAAGCGUUCUUUAAGUUGAUCUUAAUAUGUUUGAACGUUAGAAGUAUUUUAUCGAAAGCGCAAUUUGGAUUCUAUUUUGGAAAGAGUAUCUUUUGGAUACAUUUAAUCUAUAACGGCUACAGUAUCAAAAUACGAGAAGUGCUGAUUCUCUCUCUAUUUAGGAAGUUUGAAAUUAGAGAUGUGGAUGUGGAAUGUAAAAUUGCGGGGAAGAUUCCGAAGGAAUUACCGGAGGAGCAUUCAUUAAAUCUUGAGAUACCUUUGAGUGUAGGUCGUUUGAAGUUUCUCUCUAAGAUAUUGCCAUUGGAUCUUCGCUUGGUUAAUUUCUCCCUACGUUCUGGGGAUACUGUUAUAAGCUCGGAGUUGGCUCUAUUAAAAUUUGAAUAUGAUGUCAAUGCUACUCAAUUGCGUGCUGUUAUAUUAUUCUAUGGUGUAAAGCUGGGCGAUAAUGUUAAUCUGUCACAAGUUAAAGUAUCGUCUCAGUCUUCUUUGGUUUACAAAAGUAGUGACAAGGUUUAUUUUGAUAAAUGGUCUUGUGGCUUGAAUAUCGGAGGACUGGAAUAUAGGACUUCUGAUGAUAAUAAGAAUAAGAGUAAGAAUAAUUAUUCUAACUCAGUACCAAUUAAUAGUACACUAUAUGAAAAAGCGCUUAAAAAACUAGAAACAUUUACAGUACAUCUUGAGAACGUUAAUAUCACUCUACCGAAUAAGCGAUCAUGUUUUGUUUCUAGUGCAUCAUUGAAUUUAAAUCCAUCAAAAGAGUACAAUUUAUUUACGCAUAGCAUUGAAAAUCACAACAUCACUAUUGCACUAAACUCUUUGGUUUAUACAUUUUCCCCGGAUCAGGACAUCAAGAUACCCGCUAUGAAUAUUCUUUUGAAUUGCGACAUUAUGACUUUUUUGAAAGAGGAGCUUGAUUAUCAAUCAUUCAGUGGUCUUUGUACUAUCAACAUAAUUGAUCCCAAGCUUUCAAUAAUGAUAGACAGAAUUAAAGAAAUUAAGGAGCAUUAUCCAUCUUCAUCUUCAUCUUCAUCUUCACCUUCAUCUUCAAGAAGCUUGAUGGAUCGGUUAGGUAGUUUUAAAUUUCCGCCUAUUAUUGUAAAGCUACUUAUCUCUAACAGCAAAGUAACAUUGAAACAAAACUCUGAUACAUAUUACGAACUAGUUGCAGAUAAUGUGAAUUCAGAAUUGAAUUUAACCUCCCUUUUUGCUGGAGUAAAUGAUUCUUUUUCUGCUGAUAUGCGUAAACUUCCUGUUAAUACGUUGAAAUUGGAAAGUGUUUCAGUAAAAUAUAUGCUUGACGCUCAAAGUAGUUCAUCCAUGCGUCGUCUGAUGGGAUUCGACAAAUGGGUUCUUACCUGUGACCGGUAUGGAGUUUCUCCAAAUAAGAUAUUUGGUGUUUUGCACACAGUGAGCAUAAAUGUUGAUGAAUUGCGACUACUUGAUGGCCUUCUUUCAAUAAUUGCUAUUAUGACAACCAAAGAGGAAAAGAAGGUUGAGAAACAUUAUGUCGCUAAGCAAUUACAUUUUUUUGCCUAUGAACUAGAUUUACACAUCAAGGAAAUAUCGAUUACAGUAUCGGCGAUUGAUUAUUUCCCAGCGCAUCUUCGUAAUUUGCAUGAUAAUGAGAAAGUUCUAAGAGAUGGCAAAUAUUCAAUAGGUUUGCAUUGCAAAAAUACAAAACUGGAAUACUCGAAUGUCCUGAAACAUAUAGAAUUCCAUGCUUUAAACGUAACCAAACAAUCUGAGAUAUCAAACAACAAAGAUUCUAGCGAAAUGCUAUUAUUCGAUAAUUUAACCUUGGAUAUAUCUGAUAGUCUAAUAAAGAUUGAUAUUCCUCAGUUAAAAUAUGAAUUCGAUGUCAACUCAAUCUGGUUUUGGUUCUACUUCAAACAUUCCAUCAUUAAAAGAAUAAAACCUAAAUUAAGGCAGGAACGUAAAGCUUUAAAACAUACGAAACCGAUGGAUUUAAACAUUAGCAAAAUUUUAGCAGUUUUCAAUCUUCCACAAAAUAUGACUUUGUUAAUGGUUUUAAACGACACCGCUUACACUACUACUAGCUCUGAAUUUUCAAUAGCAGAUGUAAAUCUACUUGUGGAAUCUGUUUAUACUAAUGAUCAUACUGUUCAUGUUCCAUUGUUAAAAAUGGCUUCAAUUCGGGCUUCUUUUUCAUCUACCACUGGCUUAGACAUAGUUAGUGAUUAUAUGACUUUAAAAAUGGAGUACCAUUUCAGGUUUUAUACCAUCGUUGACCGAUUGUCUACAACUAUCAAGGUUUACAAGCUACUAAGAGCUGCAUUCAAAACCCCGGAAACCUUUAAUAUCCUUUAUCCUAAAGCUGACCCUCCUGUUCAUCUCCCAAAUAUUAAAAUACAGACUAAGACACUAUCUAUUAUGGCUAAUGAAGAUUUGUUUGAACAGGAAUUAGGGCUAAUAUAUAAGGUUGGGGUUUUGGAACAAAGAGAAAGGUUAGAGAAGAUGACUAUUUUCCUCAAUUCUGAAAGGGUUAAUAAUUCUUCUGAACUUCGGGAAGAUCAAUAUAGAAGAUUAUAUGAACACUUUUCUACAUCUUGGAUUGUACGUUAUCGGGUCGCGAAGAGAAAAUUCCAUGGCGCAAAAGCAUUUGCAAUCAAAAGCUCUAUAUUAGGCUAUGAAUUUUCAACAUUUUCAGUGGACAAUGAUGUCAAUACGUUCAAAUUAUCCAUUGAAGAUGUAGACUUAAAGUUGAGCCAACCUUCUUUCCCACUGGGUGAAUAUGGUACUUUUCUUCACAAACAUGGCAAGGGGGUUCCUUUCAAUACGGAAUAUACUAUUAAUAUUCCAAUGGGAAUUGACCUCAAGACUGGAAGUUUCCAAAUUCUUUUAAGAGAUUAUCCACUACCAGCUCUUUUCUUUCCAAAUACUCAUGUUUCUGGAGAUAUUGUAUUUACAGAGGCAAUGGCGUCAUCGAAGUCUUGGAGAAAAAUUUAUGUGCCUUUUAAUAAUAUAUUGCCAGAAGGAAGUGAGAAACACGACACCAUAUUUGGCUCACAUGUUAUUCGAACCUUAACUCCCAUUAAAACUUUUAUGGAUAUCAAAUUCCGGAUAGACUCUGAUUCACCUACAGUAAUAACAUGGGGUAAAUCUCUUCAGCCUGGGUAUCAGAGCGUGAUGUUAUGGUUUGAUUUCCUUACUAAGCCUCCGCUAGAUCCAUCUCCUAAACUUGGUUUUUGGGAUAAAUUUAGGCUAUUGGUACAUGGAGUUUUGGCUUUCGAGUGGAUCGCGAACAGUUCAGUUCAUUUAAAUAUUAAAGGUUCAAGUGACCCAUAUUCUAUUGCAGAUGUAGGAGCGGGUUUAACUUUUGCUUGGAAAGGAAAUGCAAGACUAUUGGUAAAUGGUUCUGAUGAGCCUGAUAGUUUCCUUCAAAUUAAAUCUAAUGAAUUCCAAAUGGGGAUCAGAGAUUUCUUCUCAAGUACCAAGUUUGAUAAGGUAAUUAUGAAACUAUUUGGAAAAGUGGAAUGGAAAAUGGGUUUACUUUUCGAAUCGGGAGAUAGUAAAAUGGUCGGAUACGAGCCGAGGUCAAAAUAUCUCAAGCCUCAUUAUCAAGUCGAGCUGGUACACCCUGAUCAAAUUGUUGAUAUUACAAAACAUGACUCUUACAAGGGUUUUAGAACUGAUUUUAUUCAUAUGUCAUUUGGUGUUUACUCUGACAAAUCCUCGGUAGCUAAAAAUACUGUACAUUUGGCACCUGAGUCUUUGUCCCAUUUUUUAGCCUGGUGGAGGCUAUUUAGUACCUAUACUUCUGGCCCUAUUCGACAAGGCUCGCUUUUCCCAGACUUAUUACAGAAUGGAAAGAAAUUUGGUAAAUCGUUGUUCACCGUUAAAUAUCAGCUUUCAUUGGCCCCUAUAGAAAUCACACAUGUUCACAGACAUGCAGAUUCACAAAUGAACCUGAAGCAGAAUAAUAACAUUGCAUUCACCGGUAUAAAGGCUAAUAUCGAAUCUUUGAAACUUGAUUUGCAUCAAAAAAGAAUCAAAGCAGUGGCUCAGAAUGAUAUUCUUCAAAUAUCUAGGCCAGUUUGGAGAUUUUGUAUGAGCCUUGCAGAACUUGAUUUCGUUGAAGCAGAUAUUAGGGUUUUAUUUGCUGUGUUUGACCAGGAAGCUGUGGAAGAGUUGUUGGCGAAGACUCUAGGUUUAUCUGCAGAUUCUGAUGAUGUGCUAGGAACCAAAAAAGAUGAAGGGUAUGGGUUCACAAACUCUUCGUGGUUUGAUAAGGAAGACUAUAUCGAUUUACACCAAGUUCAGCUAAUUUCUCAGACUCCGAUAAAGUUUUCUGCUAUACCAUUCAUCUAUUCUCCAAGAAUUACAUAUUUCCGGAAUCUUGCAGAACAAGGAUUAAAGCUUAAGUUUCCUUUUGGAGACGAAGACAUGCAUUCAUGCUAUCUUGGACAAAUUCACCCUGAAAUAACACAGAAGCAUCUCGUACAAGGAAGGGAAAUUCAGCUUCGACAACAAAUAUCUAAUUUGCAGGCUCAAUUAGAUGCAUUAAUCGGGGAUAGAGCCAGCUUAAACUCAUUAAACAAUGAACUAUCUAAGAAAAAGGACGAACUCCAAUCUUCAUUACAUUUCUUGAAGCACAGUUUACACUUAAUUCAUGAAAUGUUGAAGGAUUUAGAAAUAUCAGAAAAUGCCCAAAUGCAAGAUCCAAAUACAGAUUGUGAGAGUAGUAUUGCGGACUCUGAUCUGGGUUUAACCUUUUCAAAUAAGGAUAAAUCAGAUUUACUGAGAAUGAAUACGAUAGACUCGUUCAUAAAAUUGAAGCAUUUCGGUGAUAUAAACAAUGAAUCAUCUUUCGAUAACAGAUUUAUUUUUCAUAAUGUCCUUAUUAAGAUCGACAAGAGCAUCAGGGAUCAUCUUUUAGAUUAUAUUACGAGUAUUGCAAUUAGAACGCAAUAUCAAUUUUUCAUAACUCAUAAGGCUAUGAUGAUCUUUGAUGAGCUUUUGAAGAAUAGGUUCAGAAAAUCAUUUAUUGCAGAACCUCAGCUAAGCCAAGAUUCUUGCAGCUCAUCGUUGUCUAACAAGGAAUUAUUGGAAAUGUUUGAGGACUUUAUUCGCGAAGUUUCUGAUGGCUUUGAAGCAUUCGAUAACUACUCUAUAAGGUUAUUAUCUCCUCAAUUGCAGAUUACUUCUGAUGUGGAACCGGAAAAGGCAAUAGUUGUUGUUUCAAGAGAUGUUGAAAUAUCAAUAAUUGACGUACAUACUACUUUGGAAAUGAAGGCAGAACACCUUGGUGUAAAUACUUUGAUGGAGACUAGAUAUUGCUUCAAUAUUGCAGAUUCUCAAUUCUUUAUUUUGGAUCGACUUGAAACACGUGAAUGGCCUCAAAUGAUGGCCCACUCAAACACGUAUGGAGUUGAAGACUCAAAGCAUUCGUGGCCACCAUGGCUUCCAUUAGAAGUAUGUUACUCUACAGACUUUUUGGGUAGUCAUCUAUUUUUGAACAGAAAUGAUAUGUUCAUAACUUUCAUCAGACCUAAUUCGUUGUUCUUUGAUAAACAGACCAGUACAAUGAGUGGUAGAGAAUCUCGAUUUCAUGUUGGCUUCCCAAGGUUGUAUUUAACAUCUACAUCUGAGCAAUAUUCUGCCAUUUUCAACAUCGUUGAAGAUAUGCUUUCAUUUGUCUCAGAUAAGAAUAAAAAGGUUGACAAACUUGCGCAAGUAUUCCUUGCUGAUGAAAUUAAACUGAAUUUAGGGAAGCUUGAUACUACAGUAGUUGAAAAUCUUCAAAAAAAGAUUCGAGCAUUAAAAUAUCUAGACUCCUUCACACGUUUUAAUGAUCCUAUUACCUAUAGCAAGUGUUCCCAAGAUAUCUUGGUGGAGUUUCAAACUGCCAAGCUACAGCUAAAUCUAUUAAUGUCAGCGAUCAAGAGAAAUUACGAUAGGUUGCAUUUCCAAAACAAAUCACAAAAGAAUAAUAGACUUUCAUGGUGGAUCAGUGCAGACGAACUGAUGUGGGAGCUAUUCGAUGAAAAUAAAGAAAGUUUUGUCGUUUUUGGGCUUGGUGCUUCGCAUUUUGUAAGAACCGAGACUUAUUAUGGCUCUACAAGCAACAAAAUUAGUAUAUCGACGUUACAAUGCUACAAUAUCCAACCAAAAACUGUUUACAAGGAAUUACUGGGGCCAUUCGAGAAACAUUCGAAGUUUGAUCCCAGCAAACCGUUCCUUGAGAUCACUUGGAAUAUGGGGAUGCCAGUUGGUGGUAUAUCUAAUUUAUUGGAUCUGGAUUUCACAUCACAGCCAAUCAUCUUCAAGAUGGACUUUAGGACCUCGGAAAAGUUAAUGUCGUAUUUGUUCCCCAAAGUCAAAGAGCAACGUGGUGGGAAAAAUGUUGUGCUAAAACAAUCUUUUGAAAUGUCGGAUACCGAGUCUCGAGAGCUGUCACGCCGGCCAUCUUUGACUAGUAUCUCUACUAGUAGCACUGUCAUGACUCCGGUGACCAGACGCAUGAUACUCUCCGACUGGGAUGUCCAAGGUUUUACUAAAGUCUUGGAGAGAAACGGCGAAAAUAACUACACCAAACAUGUUUAUGAUCCUGACAAAGAAAUGGAUGAAAUGGUAAAACGUUCCAGCAAGUAUUUCAAUGUUGGAAAGAUCACUGUAAAUCCAUUGGUCAUGUCGGUUAGUUACAAAGGUUCUAAAAGUGUCAUAACUAACGUUGACAAUUUGAUAGUCAAGGUGCCUACAAUCCAAUAUAAAAACAAGAUUUGGUCUUCUGAAGACUUCAUAGUAUCUUUCAAAAAGGAUAUAAUAAAGAUCGUAUUGCAACAUGCAGGUACCAUCAUAGGUAACAAAUUCGUACCUCACAAAAACGAAAACAGGUACGAGCCCCUAAAGCAAAUUUCAAACUUGCUCAAGCCUGAUCUUCAGAAAAUACAAAAGAGUACUGCGUCACUCCCAACUUUGGCAAAGCUUUCAUCCAAGAAUACAACGAGAUCAUCGGUCCCUACAAACCCUAGUACGGUCAAUAGUAAUUCCGUGACCGAAAACAGCAAAUCAAUUAAAACUCGGUCAGAAGACCAGGAUACGAACAACCCCGUGGAAACAUACGAUGUAGAAGAGUUCUACCCAGAUAAUUCACAGUAA